AUGACCGAUACAAAUCUCUCGGAAGACCACCUCAUUCAACUCUCAGCCAUACGCGAUGAGGAAACCGACGAGCUCUUUGCCGCCGGGCACAUCAGCCAAGACGACCGCUGGGACGCCUCACUAAACGGUACUGCUACAUUUAAGUACGAUGAGAUGACCCUUCACAUCACUCCUGGCCCAUUAUACCCCGUCGCACCAGUCUCUUGGGAUAUAGUCAAUCACACCAUGUCCAUCGAUGCUGUUGAUGGUCUCCGUCGCCGCUUGCGAGAAAUUGUUCAAGGGACAGCCCUCGAAAACAGCCCUGAGCGAUUCCGCAUCUGGUUUGAUCAAUAUGACGGAACAGACUUUGCGUAUACCAAGGUGGCUACGCUGCUGGUUGAAGAAACUGUUCGGCAGGUAGAGGCUUUCCGAGCUGAGAGAAUGAGUCGCAGCCCUGGCCGAACACCUCAACUCAAGGGUGCUUUGCCAUUCGAGAUGAAAGCUGGCGUGGAUAUUUCUACACUAUCAUCCAGUGAAUUGGCAAUGAGAUAUUUCAGAAAGACACCACAGGAGAUUGCGAAACUUGUUCCUGCAGGUUAUCGCAUCCAGCACAUGGAGGAAGUCCUGCGCAAGGACCUAGCCAUCAAAUUUGACAAUCAUCGCGAGAAGCUUCGCGAAGACCUGUCACAACUCCCCAUCCGGACACUACGCCGAUACGUACCGCCUGAACUAUGUCAUAGUAACCGUCUCGACGACUACGUUGAUCACUUAUCCAAGCCUCACAUCACUUACCACGGCACGCAGCGACGAUUCGUUACAAGCAUUGUCCAGCAUGGGUUUCUUCGCCCGGGCAUGAAGAAUCCUGCCACCAACCGAGAACACGGCGUGCGGUGCGGCGCCACCUACGGACGAGGCAUCUACAGUUCUCCAGAUCCAUUGUUCAGCUUGGCAUAUUCCGACUGGUGGUGUACCAAGACCCAACCGGACGAAUACUUUGGUCUCAAGCUACUAGUUUGCGCGACAAUCAUGGGAAGAAGCAGAGUAUUGUUUCGCGAAGAUAACUGGCGGACGCAAGACCACCCAUACUGGGGCGCGGAUUCACACGUCGGCAACAACAAUCUCGAAUACAUCGUCUUCAGACCCGAGCAGAUUAUCCCCGUGUACGUCAUUCAUCUAGACUGGGGUGAGUCCAACGUAGAUUAUUUCGAAGACACACCCGACGACCCUAGCCACUGGUUGACCGCGCAGCGGCACAAGAAGCUUCAUCCAAAGUUGGACAAGGAAGUGCAAUACGCAGGGGAUAAGCAGCGCGCAAAGGCAGCGGUGCUCGCCAAGGCGGCCAAGUACUUCCCCUAUGGAUUCGGUCCCGCGACUGGAAGUAAGUUUAUAGUAGAAGAGGUUGGCGAGGUGUCGGAAGACGAAGAGGAGUAUGGCGAGUACCAGGAACUGAGGGUGCAGGAAAAGAAUCAUGACCUGGAUAGCGAUUAUUGGAGCUGGGAGAAAUAUGGGGAGAUUGAGGAUGGCGCAGAUAUUGUGCGUGAGGCGGAUGAGUAUGGACACCAGGUGAGGACGUAUGGGCCUGCGUGGGAGUCUAUUCCUUUGCCGGGGGUGGAGGUGACGCGAGGGUUUGAGGAGGAUGAUGAGUUUUGUUUGGAAGGAAUGAUGAAGGAGGCGGAGUAG